UAAUUGGAUAAUAAUCACAGCUCUGAGCGGAGCGCAUUAGAGGUUCAAAAAGUUAAUUAGCGGAGAGUUUUAUCCUUAACAGAGGACACUGGGAGGAUUGGACCAAAGUGCGGGAGAGGUUAUCUGAAACAGAGGGACAGGCGAAGAGUUGGACGAUCAGCAGUCAGAAUGGGAGCAGAGAUCCAUAGACGAAGACGGAGGACGCGGCGAAUGGUCAAAAGCAAGGGGCCGAGGACCAGGGAUGACAAAGAGCAGGCCAUAAGCACAAGGAGGACAGUUAUCUCUCUGAGAUUCCACACUAGUACCAGAUUUAUACCAAGGUUGAGCUGCCAGCAGGAGGUGGGUGCUGCCCUGCCAGAGAGGGUGCAGUACCUCAUUGUGCAGAACAAAGGCCUGCAGGGGCAGCUCAGCGAGGUGAAGAGGAAACAGGCUGAGUCAGAUUGCAAGAGUAAGCAGGAGGUGAUAGCCGUACGAUUACGGGAAGCAGGCAGCAUGGCAGCUAUGGCUGAGCUGCAGCAGAAGAUAGCUGAGCUUGAGAUCCGGAAGGAGGAAGGGCAGAUCCAGGGUCAGCUGAACCACUCAGAUGCCAGCCAGUACAUCACCCAGCUGCAGGAGCGAAUCUCUGAGCUCAAGAACGAGGUCAGGUCCUUGCAAAUUAUUUCUGAAGCACAUGACAGAUUGCAACCUCCGGUGGAGGAGGACUGGGAAGAGGAGGUCAAGCAGUCAUUGCCACGCACUGAGGACUGUGAGAAUCAGUCCAAGGACUCAUCUCCUUAUGAGCCUGAGGAUGUGGUCAAGCCGGACGAUCUGAAGGAAUGCCCGGAUCAUAUGCAGUACCAGAACCUGACCCAUAUGGAGUACAUCCCUGCACUGCAUCAUGUGUCCCCAGUGAAGUGGGUCAGUUGUGUAAACCGUGUGGUCAGUGGCCAGUUUCUAGAUGCUGAGGAAUAAGGGUCUGUCCUAUCACUUCCAUUCUUUGUUCCUCCCCUCUUUAAGCAUGACCUGAUCAGACUUGCAUUAGUUUGUAAUUUUUUAAAUAAGUUUUCGUGUGGCUUCUUGAAUAAAAAUAUAUAAUGUUGAUUUACUGAAUGUUGCUGGAAAUAUGUUGAAAGAACCUUCAGUGUCAGUGUGCGUUUUCUGUGGAGGUUUAGUCCAGUGUUGUGCUGUUUUCUCUGAUGCUUCCUGAACAGAUAAAAUGAAAGUUUUACAAAAGGAACAGAAGUAUGAAGACAAUGAGUUGGUUUGCUUGUUUGUGUUGUCCUCCUUAUGCUGUUUUCCCUGGUUGUGCUGACAUUUUGCCCAUGUGGGUGAAACCGUAGUCAACCAGCAUGAGCCACUGACUUCCGUUGUGGGAGGCAGCAAGAGAUGCCAAGGGGCCACAUUGUCGUUUUCACCCAGUUUUGUUUUUUCAGCACAAAUAAACCCAGAAU